CCUACAAAACUUCACAAAAAGAUGGGAGACUGGAAAGAUUAUAUUGGCACCAUUCUCAAGGAAAAGAAUGUGGAAGAUGCUGCCAUCGUUGGGUAUUCCGAUAACAAAUCGGUGUGGGCAUCCAAACCCGGCGGGCUCCUGGCUGCCGUUACCCCGCAAGAGGUUGAGGUGCUGGUGGGGAAAGAUCGGGCAAGCUUCCUUAAGACUGGCAUUACCAUUGGGGGGAAAAAAACAUCAGUUAUAAGAGACAAUCUCUUGACAGAUGAUGAUGCUGCCUUGGAUGCCAGGAUCAAAGGAGGCGACGGAAAGUCACUAGCUGUAGGAAAGACGGAGAAAGCUCUGGUAUUUCUCAUGGGUAAGAAGGGCGUCCACGGAGGGGUACUCAACAAGAAAGUUCACGAAAUGGUCAAGUACCUCAAAUCGAAAGGCAGCUAA